AUGUUUUUUUUUUCAAGUGAUUCAACUGAUAUUUUAGCCGCAUCAAGAGCAGUUACGGCGACUGAAAAAGUAGCCGGAAUGAAGGGAACUCGUCAGCAACCAGCCAUCACAGUUCAGAGAUCAGGUGUGCCACUAAAAGUACAUUUAUCAAGGCCGUGGUCGUAUCUAUCGCCGAGAAAAUUGACGCUGAUCUUUGAAAUCCUGAAAAAAAUGUGCUGA